GCGACUCUUCCGCGGAUCAUCUCGACCAGACACCGGGAGCGCGUGAGUUUCCCCCGGCAACGGUCCACGGAAAACCGCUCAUGUGGAUGAAAACGGCUCAAGUUUGAGUGGAAACAACUUUUAUCAAGUGGGAUGAAGCCAGAGAAGCUGUCUUUUGUUGUGAGACGGAGCACGCUGCUGCCAGGAAGUUACGUGUCUGCGCAGCUUCACGGCUGCCCCUGAACAGUUUUCCUGGAAGACAACGUCCACACGUCGCCCGCAGUGUUCAAACCAUCUUUUCAUGAGAGUUGUAGGUUUUGUUUACAGUCCCAGGUCUGUGUGAGAGUCGCUAAACCAAGAGACUUUAAAAGCACUAGAUAGAGUUCAUUCAUUCAGUUAGUCAGCGCUCGUGCGAAAGACACCAUCAAAGGGCAUGACACGGCAAAAAAAAAGCGUCAUGUUUGUGUGACCCGCAUCUGCACCCCCGAGCUGUUGUAAUGAUGUGGUAACUCAUCUGACAGAUCUAAACCUGCGUCAGGACAAACGUUUGAAUCAUGAGGUCUGAUGAAAGAGCACUUCCUCUUCUCGCUGGAUGCUGUCACCAUGGCGAUGGAGGCAGCGUCUGUUAAUGAGAAACUUUACUGCCUCCAUGUGGGUUGUUGUCAGUAACCUGCAAGUGUUUGUUUAAUCAUAGGCCUUAUCAGUGUUCGGUGUCAGCAGGAUGGCUGCUUCUAGACAAACGGCUGCGGUGAAACGCUUUUGCAUUUGACAAACCAGAGGAGAUUGAGGCUCGGCACUUCAUUUCUUCUGCUCCACAGCCUCAGUCUAGGAAACUCACCUCCUGUCUGGGUGUCUGACGUCGGAACCGUCGUCCCCUGAUGGCCUGCCGCCCUCCAGGGAUUCACCUAGAGCCAGCCUGGAUGUGUAUGCAGGCACCAGGGAGCAGCAUGGAGGAAAAUACUUAGCCCAAUGUCUGUGGUGGAAAACAAACCAAUAUAAAUAUGUCUGCAAUAAUAAGGCAGCUCAAAGCAGUGAUGACUGUCUAGGAGACAAAAGUCUGGUCCUGGGGGGGCUCAUCUGGCCCAGGUCCCCCAGAGUUCUCGAGCCGGCCCUUCCUUCGGAUGUUUUCAUUUCCUCCCUACUGCCCUUAUAUGGGCACUAGAGACGUCACCGGAGCACACAUGUCUGUGUGUUUGCAGAGAAAGUUUGUUGUGCUGCAGAAUAGGACGAUAGGCUGCAGAUGAGGAAGUGACCCCCUCUCACGCCCUGCUCAGUGGAGCAGCACAGCCAGCUAUAAAUGCAUGGAUCGUUGUCGCUGGUGAACAUCACCAUUCCGAAUGGCUGCACUCUCAACUCACCGAUCUAAAAUAUCUCCGCUGAGUGUUUCCUGGAAUUUAAGGAGGCUGUGAUGGGCGACUUUUGGGGGGAAGUAGCGAGUCGGCGGGUGGCCAGAGCUCUGUCACUGGGAAAUGACGAGGAGGCGGUUCUGGACCAGGGCAAGACCAGCUCCACCCUCUACACCAACUUUGAGAAGGAGGAGUUGGAGAGCCACAGAGCGGUAUACGUGGGCGUGCAUGUUCCUCUCGGGCGACAGAGCAGGCGUCGGCACCGGCACCGCGCACACAAGCAUCACAGGAAGCGACGUGAUCGCUCAGACCGAGAGGAUGGACGAGAGUCGCCAAAUUACGACACGCCAUCACAGAGAGUCCAGUUCAUCCUGGGAACCGAGGACGAUGACGAGGAGCACAUCCCUCAUGACCUCUUCACAGAGCUAGAUGAGCUGGCAUUCAAAGAUGGCGACGUCCAGGAGUGGAAGGAGACGGCCAGGUGGCUGAAGUUUGAGGAGGACGUGGAGGACGGCGGGGAGCGCUGGAGCAAGCCCUACGUGGCCACACUGUCGCUGCACAGCCUGUUUGAGCUGCGCUCCUGCAUCAUGAACGGCACCGUGAUGCUGGACAUGAGGGCCAACACCAUCGAGGAGAUUGCAGACAUGGUGAUUGACAGCAUGCUGGCGACAGGCCAGCUGACAGAUGGCGUCCAGGACAAGGUGAGGGAGGCCAUGUUGAAACGUCACCACCACCAGAACGAGAAGAAACUGAGCAACCGCAUCCCUCUGGUGCGAUCCUUCGCUGACAUGGGCAAGAAGCACUCAGACCCGCUUCUGUUGGAGCGCAACGGACUGCUGGCCGCUCCUCACUCUGCGCCAGGAAACCUGGACCACGGCAAAACCGGCGACAGUCGUGCAAACGGUGGCAGCCAGGAGAACAGCACGGUGGACUUCAGCAAGGUGGACAUGAACUUCAUGAGGAAGAUUCCCGCCGGCGCCGAGGCCUCCAACGUGCUGGUGGGGGAGGUGGACUUCCUGGAGCGCCCGAUCAUCGCCUUCAUCAGACUUGCCCCCGCAGUGCUGCUGACCGGCCUCACCGAAGUCCCGGUGCCCACAAGGUUCCUCUUCCUGCUCCUGGGACCGUUCGGGAAAGGCCCGCAGUACCACGAGAUCGGACGCUCCAUUGCCACACUGAUGACAGACGAGAUCUUCCACGACGUUGCUUACAAGGCCAAGGAUCGGACUGACCUGCUGUCCGGGAUCGAUGAGUUCCUGGACCAGGUGACUGUGCUUCCCCCCGGCGAGUGGGACCCCAGUAUCCGAAUCGAGCCUCCGAAAAGCGUCCCGUCUCAGGCGAAGAGGAAAUUGCCUGGCGUCCUGAACGGAUCGGCUCACGGCUGUGACCUCACCAAAGAGGUGGAGCAUGAGACAGGUCCAGAGCUGCAGAGGACGGGCAGGAUAUUUGGCGGGUUGGUGAACGACGUGCGGAGGAAAGCGCCUUUCCUGCUGAGCGAUAUCACGGAUGGCUUCAGCCUGCAGUGUCUGGCGUCCGUGCUCUUCCUCUACUGUGCCUGCAUGUCGCCCGUCAUCACGUUUGGGGGGCUGCUGGGGGAGGCCACCAAAGGAAACAUCAGUGCCAUUGAGUCUCUUUUUGGGGCGUCCCUGACUGGCGUGGCCUACUCUGUGUUUGCUGGACAGCCGCUGACCGUUCUGGGCAGCACCGGCCCAGUUCUGGUGUUUGAGAAAAUCCUCUUCAAGUUCUGCAGCGACUAUGGCCUGGACUACCUGUCUCUGCGGACCAGCAUCGGCCUCUGGACUGCCCUGCUCUGCCUCCUGCUGGUCGCCACGGACGCCAGCUCACUGGUCUGCUACAUCACACGUUUCACCGAAGAGGCCUUCGCUGCCCUCAUCUGCAUCAUCUUUAUAUACGAGGCAUUUGAGAAGCUGAUCCACCUGGGGGCACUCUAUCCAGUCAACAUGAACAACAACCAGGAGAACCUCACCUCAUACAGCUGUCACUGCUCGGCUCCAGCCAAUGCCUCGGUUAAUGUGCGGCAGAUCUGGCGCCAGUUGGGCUUGAGCGCCGACAACAUUACGUGGGAGCAGUUGAGCGUGCAGGAGUGUCGGGACCUCCACGGGGACUUUGUUGGCACAGCCUGCAGCCGUGACGGGCCCUUUGUCCCAGACGUCCUCUUCUGGUCCGUCAUCCUCUUCUUCACCACCUUCUUCCUCUCGUCCUUCCUCAAGCAGUUCAGGACCAAGAGAUAUUUCCCCACCAAGGUUCGCUCCACCAUCAGUGACUUUGCCAUCUUCCUGACCAUCAUGAUCAUGGUGCUGGUGGAUUAUCUAGUGGGAAUUCCUUCCCCGAAACUUCAGGUCCCAGACCGCUUCAAGCCCACUUCGAACACCCGUGGCUGGCUGAUCUCGCCGCUGGGUACAAACCCCUGGUGGACUCUGCUCGCCGCUGCAGUCCCGGCUCUGCUCUGCACCAUACUCAUCUUCAUGGACCAGCAGAUCACAGCUGUCAUCGUGAACCGGAAGGAGAACAAGCUGAAGAAGGGCUGUGGGUACCACCUGGACCUGCUGGUGGUGGCGUUGAUGCUGGGGCUCUGCUCCAUCAUGGGCCUGCCCUGGUUCGUGGCGGCCACCGUGCUCUCCAUCUCCCAUGUCAACAGUCUGAAACUGGAGUCGGCGUGUGCGGCGCCCGGCGAGCAGCCCAAGUUCCUUGGCAUCAGAGAGCAGCGCGUGACCGGCUUCCUGAUCUUCGUCCUGAUGGGCUGCUCUGUGUUCAUGACCUCCGCCCUGAAGUUCAUCCCGAUGCCAGUGCUGUAUGGGGUCUUCCUCUACAUGGGCGUGUCUUCGCUCAGAGGCAUCCAGCUCUUUGACCGCAUCAAGCUCUUCGGCAUGCCGGCCAAGCACCAGCCGGACCUAAUCUACCUACGCUACGUGCCCCUGUGGAAGGUCCACAUCUUCACGGUGGUGCAGCUCGCCUGUCUCAUUGUCCUGUGGGUCAUCAAGGCCUCAGCCGCCGCGGUGGUCUUCCCCAUGAUGGUCCUGGCGCUGGUGUUCAUCAGGAAGCUUCUGGACUUCUGCUUCACCACCCGAGAGCUGAGCUGGCUGGACGACCUGAUCCCUGAGAGCAAGAAGAAGAAGGACGACGACAAGAAGAAGGAGAAUGCUCAGCGGAUGCUGGAGGAGGAAGAUCCCCCGUUCGAACUAGAGACCUGCGUCAAAGGACGCACGGACCUGUCUGUGGUCAACAUCUCCAAUGAGGUGGACAAGAGUGGCGUCUGGAAGUCUGUGAACUCCGAGAGCAAGAUGGGGAGAGCCAGCCACGAGAAGCUGAGCGCUGUUCAAGACAGUGGAUGCAAAGUGGUGGACACGGAAACAUCGCUAUGAUGCAGCCAGCUGGUGGCACUGAAGGCACCAAAUCUGCCUCUGUUUUGAUCUCUUUGCUCUGUGAAACUGGGGCAGGUGCAGCAAACAUGGCCGCCCCCUGCAGACGACUUCCUCAGGGCCCGAGUAAUUGGAUCGAGCUUCUGUGGUCACAUGACCGUCAUGUGGCUGUAGCCAGGUGACUGCUACCUCCCGAUCAAACACCCGUUCGAACAGCGAAUCCCAGCUGCACCUCACGUGUGACUCGACUCUCUCAACCUUUAAAUGGACUCCAUGCUCUUGACCCUGGCCUCCACUCGGCACCGCGAUCGACAUCCCACCCAGUCCACCACACUUCAUCUUCACAGCACAGUCGACAAACCUGCCUUCUCAAGAGUUUUAAUACUGUUCGGAUUUCUUAAUGAAACAAACGUUUGUAUUUAAUUCAUCAAACUGAUUUGUGAGUGUGUGUAUCUGUGUGUGUGUGUGUUUGUGACCUUGCUGCUUGUGUAGAUGCAAUAAAUCAGUUUGGCGAUCACAUGAUCGGU